AUGUCUGGCCUUGAAAUUGCAGGCCUUAUUCUGGGGGCGAUACCAGUCGCGAUUGAAACGCUCAAAAUAGGGAGCCAAGGGAUAGCGGUACUCCGACGAAGCCGCAGAUACGAUUAUGAACUGGAGAGGUUGAUCAACAAGCUCGAAAAUGAAUGGGUGAGGCUUGAAGAUGACUUGAUCCAACACCCCGGUCGCCUCUUCGAUGUUGACCCGGAACUCAAAGCUAAACUUCGAAGACGGUUGUGGAAAGGCUGUGAUCUCUUCGAUCAAACAUUGAGAGAGAUCAAUGCUACCAUGAACGAGGCUAUAAACAGUAUAAGUAUCCAGAUCCGAGAUGAGUCGAACGUUAGACGAUCACUCAGGCACUCGUUCCUCGACGGCUUACUAUCUCGGAUCAAUGAGGGAGUUUCGGUCCUCGAACAGCUUGUGAAUAGGAGCAUACAGCUCGAGCCAGCCAGGAAGAUACGCUUACAAGGCAAAUUCCUGUGCUACAUGCGAAGCAUAGAAUCUGAGCUCUUUGCAGCCUUACAAGCAGGAUUUUGCUGUCCAUGCGAGCAUCACCUUGGUUUACAGUUGGAGAAACGGACAUCGGAUAUUGUUCCAGAUGAUAUAAAGCAUGACAGUCUCAUCAGAGGCGCCGAAUUUCGUCUCUCUCUCUCGUAUAAAGAACCCGGUGCGAGCCCUGCCGCUCCAUCCAGCCAUGAUACAAAAUGGUCGGAUGUAUUGGUCAAGCCAACGCCUGCAGCGCGCUCGUACGCCAUGGCACAAACCUUACGUUCGAAAUUCGAAAAGCGCUUACAAUCAUCAGGAUCGAUUAGGCAUUCGCCACUCAAGGGAGGCCCUUUUUCAAUACCCACUGACUCAACUCAGCCUCCAGACACCUCACAAGAAAUCGAGAUGGCAGCACGCGAGGAACAUGAGCAAGUGACCAAGAUCUUAGACCUUUGCGAAAAUAUAAGACAGCCCUUUGUACGAGCAUCAGAAAAUUGCUUUGGGCUUAUAUUCAGCACGUCACUUCCCAAAAAAACAUGCAGAUGAUGUGUACCCGAUCGUUGCGAGCAAAUACAGAGAACGGUCCGACAGAACCAUGACAUCGUUGAAUGAAGUCCUUCGACAAAAUCAACGACACAUGAUCCUAUCAGAACAAGACAGACUGAAGCUGGCCGUCC